AACCGUCGUGUUACAUCUGUUAUCGAAUACGUGUCCAAAAUAGAUCAACUUCCGGGUUUUUUAUGUACGUGUACACUUCAGAUCAAUCAAAUCUGAGUUUUUAGGCGCUACAGCCAUAAAACCGACAGGAUUCUGCAUAAAUACAGGGCGAGGGGACAGAUCUAGCAGUCACGAAGAUGGAGGGACGAUACAACAUGAAAAGUCCAGCUGUGAAGCGGCUGAUGAGGGAGGCUAAAGAAAUGCAUGAGCCGACAGAACAGUAUUACGCCCAGCCACUGGAGGACAACUUGUUUGAAUGGCACUUCACAGUCCGAGGUCCUCCUGACUCAGACUUCCAGGGAGGCAUGUACCACGGGCGCAUCACUCUCCCUCCCGAGUACCCCAUGAAACCUCCCAGUAUCAUGCUUCUCACUCCCAAUGGAAGGUUUGAAACUGGGAAGAAGAUUUGUUUGAGCAUCUCUGGACAUCACCCCGAAACAUGGCAGCCUUCCUGGAGCAUUCGUACCGUCCUGUUGGCUAUCAUAGGCUUCAUGCCGACCAAGGGUGCCGGUGCAAUCGGUUCCCUGGACUACACACCAGAGGAGCGCAAGAUACUGGCUCGAAAGUCCUUGGAGUGGAAGUGCGAUGCCUGCGGAACGACCAACAAAACCAUGCUGAAACCUCCAUCCAAUCACCCAACAGACGCAGACAGAGAAGCCCAGGAACUGGCCUCACAGAUUAGCUUCAAGGGGGAAGCUGAAAAAGGUAAAGACCAGUCUGCUGCUGGGAACACGAGUACAGCCCAGACAACACCAGCAGACCCCACCACCCAGGGGGCAGCUACCUCAUCUUCCCAAGGUGCCACAGGGACACAGGCCCCACCGGGCAACCCUGUUCCCCCCAUGUUCCCCUACAUGGUGCCCCCUCCCUACGCCAUGUACGCCGCCGGCUACCCCAAUGCCAUGCAGCAAAUGGGUGGUGCUGCGGCGCCUCCACAGUCUGCAGACGGUACUGCAGCUCCACAGCCCACCCCAGCAAGCCCUUCCAACACUAACCCAUCCAGUCAGCAGAGCGCCGCGACUCCACCGGCACAGGCUAGGACCAGCGUCAGACAACGGGCCGUGCACGCGACCAAUAACCCCGCCUCGGGACCUACCCGGCAAUUGCCACGACAACAGCCAGUCAGCGCCGGCUCCUGUUCGCUCUUCCUGAUGGUUGUCCUAACGUUGUCCAUCGCGUUCCUCAUACUGAGAAGGGUUUACCUGACAAAUAUGUGGAGAUGGGACUAUGAGCUUUGACACUAGCAAUAACGACAUUUGUUUGUUUCUCACUGUGGUUUAGAAACUGUUUUUAGGAAUUAGUAUCUAUUACUUCUGUACUUGUAUUUAUAAACAAGAAGAAUGUUUAGAAUCAAUAUGUAAGGACUUACAAGCCAUUGAGGGGAAAUUCAACACAACUAGAACCAACAUGACAUAUGUAUGUUACAUUGUAUUAGCUUAGAUAGAAGUGUACAUGUGUACAGAAAGAUAAAGACUUCACAUUAAAGAAGUUUCUGUUAGAUUUAUAAAGCCAGCCUGUCAACACUCUCCUGGCUACAAAUGCAAUAUUAACUCAUUCCAAUUUUUUCCUUUCAUUUCAAAGUUUUAUUUUAAGACACAACAACAGUACUUAUAACUAAAACCUAAACUUAAUGUCUCUUAUGCUAUUUCCCUAAUAUUAAAUGUAACACCAGUAUUUUAGAUUUACAAAUAGAGGAAUGCUAGUACAUCACAUUUGCCUUUAUUUGUAAUAAGUAGGUUCAUUGACCGUAUCUGGUAUGGGACAAUGUAAUUAAUGAAAAACUGAAGUGACUCAUUUCUGGAAAUAGCAGCUAGCAUCUUCUCGUUAACAGUUCCUAAUUACCACGGUAAGUUGAUGCAAUCAGAUAGAAUACAAGAUGUACUUACACCACGCCAUUUUAUUUUAGGAUAACAGUUUACCAGGCAUUAAGGGCAUCCUAUGCGAUUUCAGGGCAGCAAAACUGGAAAUAUUUUGGAUAAGUCAAUCUUUGUGAUAUUGACACAUACU